AUGCGUGAACCAUUGCAAGCACUGGCAAAUGAUGUGGAUCCCGACAAAAUUCGUAUCCUGACAGUAAGCAAAGCCAACAAACGUCUACAAAUGGUAGCAGGUAUCAAUGCAACCACGACAGAAAUCCUUGUGUUUGCAGACGACGAUGCCAUUUGGAAGCCGACUAUGUUACAGUACAUGCUAGCAUGUUUUGAAGACCUCAAAAUGGGAGGUGUCGGUACGUGUCAAGCAGUGCAUGCUGUUGAUUUGAAUGGUCAUCAAACUGUAUGGGAAGUACUUGCUGGGUUUCGACUGUCGAUUCGAAAUAUAGAGAUUGCAGCAUCCACACAUAUUGAUGGUGGCGUAUGCUGUUUAUCAGGACGCACUGCAGCCUAUCGCACACUAAUUCUACAUGAUCCUGCUUUUCAACAUAGUUUUUUAAAUGAUCUCUGGCUUAAUAAGUAUCCUUUGAAUUCAGGUGACGACAAGUUCUUGACACGGUGGAUGGUAUCGCAUGGCUGGAACACAUAUAUUCAAGUAUGUCCUGAAGCAGAGCUGUUCUCAACAUUCAAGAACAACUGGCGGUUUAUAAAACAAGUGCUUCGGUGGACUAGAAAUACAUGGCGAUCUGACUUUCGAUCAUUGUUUAUGGAGCGUCAAAUAUGGAAUCGGCAUCCUUAUGUUGCAUUCUCCAUGGUUGAUAAAAUCUUCAAUCCGUUUUCUUUAUUGUCGGGGCCGGUGCUUGUGAUCUUUUUUGCCAUAGAACAGUCAUCAAAAGCAGGCCCUUCAAGUAGUCCUCUGCCUCUAUGGAAUGUGAUUCUAUCGUAUAUAGGAUGGUUACUCUUUACUCGAGGACUCAAGCUGCUUCCUCAUUUUUAUCGCCGACCUCAAGAUGUCAUUCAUUUGCCUACUUGGCUUUUAUUCAAUUAUUAUUUUGCAGUCAUGAAACUGUAUGCUUUAUUCACACUUCACAAAGUAGGUUGGGGUACCCGUGCUGGUGUGGGCAUUACUUUGGCUGCUGAUAUUGCAAAACAAGAGCAACAAGGCAUGCCUAAAAAGAACAGUAUGAAUACUAUCAUUGUCCCAAAUGAGCUUGAAAAAGUAGUGAUAGACCAUGCCUUUUGA